AUGCCGGGCCUCUCUCACAUCGGCCGCCGCGUGGAGGUCAAGUUCUCCACCAACGGCAAGAAGAAGUUCUUUCCCGGCAAAGUCGCUUGCUUCGAGAACGGCGUGUGCAGCAUCACGUUCAAAGACGGCGAUGAAGCUGAAGAUAUGCUGGAUGAGGCGAGCUGCUUUGAGCGGUGGCGCUGGAUCGACCACGACUGGGUGGGCCAGCCUGUCCGGCGGUACGUCGACAGUGGCGAGGUAGUCGGCCACGCAACAGACUCGCCUGUCGAUGGUCGCAUUGUCGGCUGGCUCAGCGCAAAUGACAAUGACGGCAGAGCGUUGUGGCACGCGGAGCGGCAGGAGGAGCGCGAGGAGGUGAAGGUGCUCUGGGCCAACCCGCCGCCGCAGGCGCUCGAGCGCGCCGUGCGAGACGCCAGGCUGCUCUCGCUGCGCGGGCACCUCAUCAAGGGAGGCGUGCAGCCGUACCUCGACACGCCCUUCGACCUCGACGUGACGCUCGGUGUCAAGCAGCAGGCGCGGAAGCUGCUGCCGCUGCUGCGGCAGGCGCUGCAAAAGGCAAGCGCGAGCCGGGCUGCUCGGGGUUGCACGGUCUGCUCCGGCACCGACGCGCCGGCGAUCGCCCUGUCCAUCGCCUCCAAGGCGCUCGCGGCCGAAGGCGUGCACUUGCAGGUGCGGCACGAAAUGAGCUGCGAGAAGGAGCCGUUCAAGCAGGCGUACAUCGCUCGCAAUUUCCCGGGCGUGCCCGUCUUCAGCGACGUGGUUGAGCUGGCGGAGAGGGCGGCGGCGGGCAAGGGGCAGGCAGGCGCAGCCAUGGCGACGACUAGCUUCGGCGGCGAGCGCGCGAUUCCCGACGCGGCGCCGGGCGAGCUCAAGGACGGCGGCACGUCCGGGGAGACCUUCCUGGCGACCGUCGACUACCUCUUUGCCGCCGAGCAUGACCUGCUCCUCCUCGAGAAUGUCAUUACCGCGCCGUGGGCCAAGAUGGCUGGCUACAUCACGGGUCGCGCCCGGCUCGCGGACGUCUUCAGCAGCAUCCAGUCGUCGGCCAAGUCGCAGGGCGCCAAGAAGGUGGACAGCACCAAGGCGGGGGUCAUCGGGGAGACGCUGCUCGAGCUCGAGGACGGCGGCAGGCUCGUCGUGAGCCAGCAUGGGCUCCGACUGGGCGCGGCACUUCGUGCGACCUUCACCAAGAAGGGCGGCGAGGUGUCCAUCGAUGCGGCGACCCUCGCGCCGCUCAAGCUUAAGCGCGGCGGCACCGUGGAGCUGGUCAAGCUCUGCGGCGCGCUCGGCCUCUCGCAAGACGACAAGAGCGCCACCCUGGUGUUCGAGAUGCCGGUGCAAUACCACGCCACCUUCAUGGCGGUCGACACGAAGAAGUACGGCUUGCCCCAAACGCGAUCCCGCAAGUACCUGCUCGCGUGGAAGGCAGGCACCUACGGCGGCCUCGACGAGGCGACGGUCGCCGCGAGCUGGAAGAAGCUCGUCCAGUCGCUGGAGACGACGCUCGACCACCCGGUGGAGGCCUUCCUGCUGCCCGACUCGUCCGACCGUAUCCGCCGAUUCCGCGACGUGCUCCGCUCGCCCAUCGCGCAGAGGCUCGCGGCGGAGCAGCUGGCAGGCGGGGUGCGAGAGACGCGCCUCUUCACGGCGCCUUCUGUGGAUAGGCUCGCUGCGGAGCAGUGGGGCGGCGACCUGUACACGACGAACAGGAACGCGAACACGCGCUACUUCCUCGGCUUCCGCAACUGCAUCCACAUGCUGCCCGAACGCGACCACACCAACAAAUCGGUCAACGACGCGGCCGAGCUUGGCGCGAACAUGGACAUCAACGCUCGCCCGCUCACGCGGUGGGGGCCGCAGGCGCCGCCAAAGCUGCUCUCGCCCUACUGGAUGCAGGACGUGUGCGGCUUCUGGUCGCAGCACUCGCUCGACCACGCCGAGAUCAAGGCCAUCAAGAACGCCGAGGCGGGGGUCGACUUGCUGCACCACAACGCGCUCGUCGACCUGUCGCAGAACCCGCAUCUCUGCGACACCGUCAACAAGCCGGGCAUCACCGGGUGCCUCACGCCGGGCGGCCAGAUGUACCACUUCAAGCGAGGCCGAGAGAUCUCCGGCUUUGAGAAGCUUCUCCUCUCCGGCAUUCCGGCCGACCAGCUGCUCCUCGGAGGCGAGUCGGAGGUGCAGCUCUCAGACCUUGCGGGGAACGCCAUGUCGCUCCCCGUGCCCGCGGCGGCACCAAGCGGCGCGGAGCACAAGCGCUUCAGCUUUGGGCCGUUCGUCGGUCUGGCGGGCCGUGCGCAGUGCUGCUCGGUGCUGUGCACGUGCGAGAGCUCCGGCGACGUGUCCCAGCACGGCAUCUUGCGCUGCAGCUGCUGCCAGGCGACGUUGUGCGGCAUGUGUGCGGCCCACGUGCAGCUCGAGAGCCACACCAUGCUGCCGCUGCACCCGGAGGGUGGCCGCUUCGGUGCAGACGCGGCGGCCGGCGACGGCACCGAGCUCUUCCGGCUGCUCCGCGUCGACCGCGAUCGCGACGCGGUUCGCAUCAAGUACGUGUCUCACGGCGGGGAGGGCGCCGCGCCCGUGGCGACGCUCUCGGUCGCCUUUGGCCGCAUGGGCGCAGCGGGCGAGCGCGCCGCCACCCUCUCCUUCGAGCCGGAGCACGGCGACGUCUCGUCCUCGUAUCGCUCUGAGAUGGGCCUGCUCGACUUCAAGGAGGAGGUCGUUGCCAACAAGAUCCACGUCGGUAGUAGCGACACGCAGGCGGCCUCGCUGGUCGGCGGCACAUAUGUCCGCCAGCGCUGCCGCGGCACCACGGUGUUUGGCGCCCUGUGGAAGCGCGAGGCAGCGGGCGGCUCCGAGGCGAUGUGGCUCUUUGUCAACCCGGACGUGGACCGCACCGGCCCCGACCACCUUGUCUUUGGCACGACGCCGACGUACCGCGACGGCCGCGCCUUCCACGUGGCGGAGCUGCGGCUGCGGCCCAACCAGCCGGUGUUGGAGUGGCUGCACGCGCUCGGGCAGGUGGUCGAUGCCCCGGCGACACUGCUCGAGUGGAGGCGCGCCCCGGCCGUCAAGCUGCUUGAGGAGAAAAGCGGGCUUGCGGUGGAGCAGAGGGCGGCGAGCGCGGGCCCUCCAACCUUUGUCGUGAGCGGGCUGUCGGGCGGCACGAUGAGCAAGCUCCGCCAGCACGCGAGUGGAGGCCGCCUCGCUAUCCUCGCCGCCGCCUCCAGCGCGGCCGAGCGUCGGCUGGCGGAGGCGCUCGCGGCGCCACUGCUGCGCUUCGGUUUCGCCCAGCUGAGCGGCGUCGCUGGCCUGGGCGAGGACGCCGCGCUGUGGGGCAAGUGCGAGGUGAGUGCGCCAUGCCGCCCACCCGAGGUGUGGGACGGGCGGCGGCGCGUGUACGACACGGAGCAGUCGAACGCGUACGAGCGGGCCAUGAACGCGCGCCCGCAGGCGUGGGAGGUGCGGCUGAGCGACGAGGGGCAGGCCACGAAUUGCGUCGAGGUUGCGCCGCGCGUGGAGGUGGCGGCGCACCAGGCGGCGGAGAGGCUGCUGCGCGGCCGCAACUUGGACGCGGGUGCAACGGCGGCGCUGCAGGUGGACUGGCAUGUCGGCACCCGCCUCGACGCUAGCUGCGCUCGCGACUUCCCGAUCCGCAGCAGCAAGGGCGACCCGCUCGCGGCGCAGCCGCCUACGGCCUUUUGGGCGGAGGACCUCUCUCUCUACCCGCGCCAGCUGGCGGUGCUGCGCUGGCUGCAGGCCAUCGAGGCGGGCGAGGUCGCCUUUGACGAGCGCGACUACGCCGACGCGCAGCUGCCGGCCGUGGGCUGGCAUCUGGAGGCCAAGGCGGGCAUCGAGGGGCCGCUGCGAGGGGGCGUGCUCGCCGACGCGCUCGGUGCGGGCAAGACCGUCACCGUCAUCGCACUGGUCGCUGCAGACGCGGAGGCGGCGCGCCGCUUGCCCCUGAGCGACAGUCGGACGAGCCGCGCAACGCUCAUCGUCGUCACGCCGCUGAUCAUCCGCCAGUGGGAGGCGGAGAUCGCCCGAUUCAGCGGCGGCAAGCUGCGCACGCUGCGCAUCGAGAGCGCGGCGCACCUGCAACAGCUCACGAGCCGGCAGCUGCGCGAGGCAGACGUGGUGCUCAUCGUGUCGGACCUGCUCGGCUGUGCGAGCAGCGGCAAGGCGUGCGCCUUCGAAAAGGCGGCGGCGUCGGCGCUGCACACGCAGGAAGCACAGAAGGAGGCGCGGCGGGCGGAGGAGCGGCUCGAGGGGAAAAGCGUCGCGGAGAGGCAGGCCCUCGCAAAGGCGCUCGACUCGCGCAAGGACACGUACCUCGAGGUGUUAACCGAGGCGGCGGGCAUCGACGCGCUGCCACCAUUCCUGCAUCGCCGCAACAAGAACCGCGAGGCGGGCGGGGGGGACGCGGAGACGAUGAUCUACGGUGUCUGGCUCUCGGCUGGCUCGCGCGACCCUUACGGCAAGGUCAAGGGGCGGCAGGAAGACCGCGAGGCGGCGGCCUACUUCUCGUACCGCUACCUCUCCUGCCACGAGCCGCUCUGCAUGGGCUCCGAUGACGCCGACGAAAGCGCCAUGUCCUCCAAGCGCUCAUCGUGUGCCGUGCGCGAGCUUCUCGGCAUCGCGCACCCGGACGUCGCGUCGCGCCCUCUCCUCGCGCAGCGCGGCGUCUUUGGCCUCACUGGCACGCCUCUCCUCUCCUCGCCCGCUCGCAUCACCGAGCUCGCCUCCCUGUGCGCUGGGACCUACGUGACGGGCGCCUCGAACCACUGGCGCACCGUCGAGCGCGCGAGCGGCCGCGACCUCUUCCUCCGCUACCACGACGCGGUGCCCAGCCGCCUGUACAGCGCCGAGACGGUGCGCGCCGCGCAGGAUUUCGUAAGGGCCGCCACCCGGCGCAACGUCGUCGAGGAGUCGGUCCCGUCCAGCACCGUCCUCGUGCCCGCGCGGCUGAAGCAAGACUCCGAGUACGCAGCCCUGUGCGCCACGUACCCCUCCGUGCUCGUCUUCGCGCCGACGGACGGCAUCGAGGCGGCCGCGAGCGCCGUGGCGGGGCUCGGGCUGCCGACGGAUGUCGCGAGGCCGGGCGAGGGGCAGGAGCGGGCCGCGGAGCUGGUGCUCGAGUUCGACGAGCCGCCCACCGAGCUCAGCGUCGCGCAGCGCAAGUGCCGCGUGCUGCUUCUCGCGUACGACGACGGCGCGGGCCUCAACCUGCAGCACGGCUGCCACCACGUCAUCCUGUACGCGCCGCUGUCGAGCCCGCCCAAGGACGGCGAGAGGGUGAUCGCGGCGGUCGGCAAGGAGCAGCAGUCCAUCGGGCGCGUCCGCCGCGCCGGGCAGAGCAGCCACGUGACCAUCCACCGCAUCGUGCUCGAGGGCCCGGGCGGGGAAAGGACGCUGGACGGCCUGCUGCACGAGCGCAACAUGGACGAGGCGCUCAUCAAGAGCGCGACCAACACGGCCGAGCUGCCCAUGUCGGCGGCGACGCUUUUGCCGGAGCAGGAUGGAGGAGGAUGGCUACAGCAGAGGAUCUAA